UCGUUAUUCCAGUCGCCAAGCAAAAGAAGAAACAAAGCAGCCACUUAAGUUUGAUGGAAUCUUCGGAAAACAACCCCGCGUUUGACCAAUUUUUGACUUGCAAGUGCAAUAGGGUACCACUUAGGCAGAUAUCGGAAAAACCUGAAAGUCGGGGGAGGGUUUUAUUGAGGUGCGAAAAUUGUGAUUAUCAGGAAUGGGAG